UGUUACAUUUUCUCUCCCUUGCCCAACUGAGAAGGGGAGUGAUAGACCAGCUUUUUGGGCACCUGACUUUCAGCUAGGGUCAACCCACCACAACAGUGCAUAACCACUUACGUCAUAACUGUGGUUUCAUGUGAAGACUUCCCUACUGGGUGUUGUUUUUUAAUGUCUUUGUUACAGCUUUAUUGCAGUUCUGUGGCCACUUCUCUCCAAACAUAUAGUAGUAUUUCUUUUAUUUUUCAGUGAGCCUUAGCCUCUGUCCUUCUUCAAAGCAUCCCUUACUGCACUGAAUUUGAGUCUUAAAAAUAUCUUCCUUUUUAUUAUUGCAUGAAAUCUGUCUUUUCCUGCCAUUAGUUUUUUGUGGAAUGCUGUCCCAUGUGUUUGUGUCCAGGACUUAUCUUACUUACCUGGUCAGAAAUUUCUGUUAAGCAUAUUUGUGACCCAUGGCCUUGAAUCCUAACCCCGAGUUAAUCCUUGGCCAAUCCCAAUACAUUCUUGGCCAGACCUAGCAGUCUGACCUAGAAAUGUCAUUAGUGAUCUCACGACUAGGCCUUGAUAAAUUUCCCUUGUUGUCUUUGCCGUUGGAUCCAUGUGGGCAGCCCAUUUUCCAGGCUGACAGCUGGAUGUCUGUCAUGGUGGUAGCCAUGACAUUUGCAGCUUUGAGACUUUUGCAUCCCUUCCUUCAUGACCAACAGAGGAUAUCACAGUAAUAACCUGAUAAGCUUUUAAUGGAGUUCAACUUCCAUGAACUCACUGUCCUCACGCCAAUCCCAGGCCAGUGCUCUCUACUUUCUAACAUUUUCCAUAGUUAUCCAGUUUUUCUAACAUAUUUCUUCUCAUUUUUCUGUUGACUGUUAGUUUCACGAGCCCAAAGUUAUCUUGUGGUCUAGCAUUCCAGGGCAGUGGAAGAGGGAAUAGGAGAAGAUGAACGAAAUAUUAUUUACUAAUGGAGCUGUAUUAUUGAAGUGCUUGAAGUGUUUUAUAUUUCUUAUUGCUCCUUCUAUUAGUGACACAUUGCAAGACAAAAUUGAAGAACACAUACUUUAUUAAGAAGAAAAUAUAAUAUGGAACUUAGAACCAAAGAUUUUGUUUCCAGAGGUGUUUAUGGAUUCUGAUGCCUCAUAAUUGUAUGAUGUUGCAUUUUUCCUUCUGUUGUUUUCUCUUUUUCCUUUUCUCUCCCUGCCCCCCACCCCCUGAAGAAAUCAUUGUAGGUUUGGUGUCUUGGAAAUAUGGAAUCAAUCUCUAUGAUGGGGAGUCCCAAGAACCUCAAUGAAACUUUUCUACCAAAUGUUGCUAAUGGUAUCAAGGAUGCCAGUAAGGUCACAAUAGGCAUCAUUGGAAGUGGAGACUUCGCUAAGUCAUUGACAAUUAGACUCAUCAGAUGUGGGUACCAUGUGGUUGUAGGAAGCAGAAACCCUAAACAUGCUGCUGAAUUCUUUCCCCAUGUGGUUGAUGUCACUCAUCAUGAAGAUGCAGUAGCAAAAACAAACAUCAUUUUUAUAGCCAUACACAGAGAACAUUACAUCUCUUUGUGGGACCUCAAACAUUUACUUGCUGGUAAAAUUCUGAUUGAUGUCAGCAAUAAUACAAGAGUAGACCAAUAUCCGGACUCCAAUGCAGAGUAUUUGGCAUCACUUUUUCCUGAUUCCCUGAUUGUCAAAGGAUUCAAUGUAAUUUCAGCUUGGUCACUGCAGUUAGGACCAAAGGAUGCCAGCAGACAGGUCUAUAUAUGCAGUAACAAUGUUCAGGCUCGCCAUCAAGUUAUUGAGCUUGCCCGUAAGCUCAGUUUUAUUCCUAUUGAUGUGGGGGCAUUGACAUCUUCAAGGGAAAUUGAAAACUUGCCUCUGCGACUGUUCACCCUGUGGAAGGGGCCUGUACUGAUUGCUAUUAGCCUGGCAACAUUUUUCUUCAUCUAUUCAUUCAUCAGAGAUGUAAUCCAUCCAUACAUGAGAAGCCAGCAGAGCGACUUUUACAAGAUUCCCAUUGAGAUCGUGAACAAGACUCUGCCAAUUGUUGCAAUCACUUUACUUUCUCUAGUGUAUUUAUCAGGACUUCUUGCAGCUGCUUACCAGCUUUACUAUGGCACUAAGUAUCGGCGGUUUCCACCUUGGCUGGACAACUGGCUCCAGUGUCGAAAGCAGCUUGGACUGCUCAGUUUUUUCUUUGCAACAGUGCACGUGGUGUACAGCCUGUGCUUACCCAUGAGGAGAUCGGAGCGGUACUUGUUCCUCAACAUGGCGUAUCAACAGGUUCAUGCAAAUGUUGAAAAUUCUUGGAAUGAGGAAGAAGUGUGGCGAAUUGAAAUGUAUAUUUCCUUUGGAAUAAUGAGUCUUGGAUUGCUUUCUUUGCUGGCAGUAACUUCCAUCCCUUCAGUAAACAGUGCCUUAAACUGGAGGGAGUUCAGUUUUAUUCAGUCAACGCUUGGAUACAUUGCUCUGCUUAUAAGUACUUUCCAUGUACUGAUUUACGGAUGGAAAAGAGCUUUUGAAGAAGAGUAUUACAGAUUUUAUACACCACCAAAUUUUGUUCUUGCCCUUGUUCUGCCUUCCAUUGUAAUUCUAGGUAAGAUCAUUUUACUUUUGCCAUGUGUAAGUAGGAAACUGAGGAGAAUUCGAAGAGGAUGGGAGAAAAGCCGUGUUAUAGAAGAAGUAAGUGGGUCUGUUCCACAUCUCUCCCCAGAAAGGAUAACUGUAAUGUGAUGAUAUUUGUUAUCACUGUUGUACACGUUUGGGUUUUUUUGUCAUAAACUUGUAUUUUUAGAAGUUAAGUAGGAGUAAAGUCACUUGCUUGGCAUAUGGUACAAGCUAUGAUACUACCAAACUAUGAGAAGUUUAUAACUGGAUGACUAUUACUUCUGAUAACUACAAAAAUAUUUUUGUUUUGAAUUACAGAGAGCAGACUAUUAUGAAAUCAAAAAAUUUUUAAUGUUCCUUUCCACAGUAAAAUCACAACAGUAUUUUAUUAUAACUAUGCUUUUCAGAUACUUCUUUGACUUAGAGCAUAUGCGUCAGAGUGCUGUUUAUUAAUACCACAUUUUCUGGGCAGUAUUUCUUCUAGUAAAACCACACUUCUGUUACUGAGUUCAGAAUAUAGAUAAAUAAUUUAGGACAUAAUCAUGUUUUGAAAUUAAUUUGUAAUGAUCACAGAAUCAUAUAAUCACAGAACAGUUUGAGUUGGAAGGGACCUUAAAGAUCAUCUGGUUCCAACCUCC